AUGAAGAAGAGAAUAGUGAUCCUGGUUCCGUAUCCAGCACAGGGACAUGUGAGUCCCAUGCAAAACCUAGGCUGGGUCUUCCAGGCCCAAGGGUUUCAGCCCCUCAUUGUCCUUCCCCACUAUAUACUCCGCCAGAUUCAGGGGGAGGAGAAGGAGGAGGAGGAGAUGAAGUGGGUGGGGCUGGGUGAUGGGCUGGGCCAGGACGAGGAGGACGAGGAGGAGAGAAGCCCAGAUUUCUUCGCGAUCGAAUCGGAAAUGGAGAAGAGCAUGCCAGGGGAGUUGGAAGGGGUGAUCGAGAAGGUGCGUGCAGAGGGCGGUGACGUGGCGUGCGUGGUGGUUGACCUGUUGGCUUCUUGGGCCAUCGAAGUGGCUGAGAGGUGUGGCAUCCCUUCCGCUGGAUUCUGGCCUGCCAUGUUCGCCUCCUAUCUCUUCAUUGCUUCCAUUCCUCACAUGCUCCGCCGUGGCCUCCUUUCUCACGCUGGACUUCCACAACACGAGGGGAAACUUAGCCUUGAUCCUGAGCUGCCGGUGAUUUCAACUGAGGAUCUACCAUGGCUGGUUGGAACAGAGGCUGCAAGGAAAGCAAGAUUUAAAUUUUGGAAAAGAACUUUGGAGAGGUCAAGUGCUCUGAAAUGGCUGCUGGUGAAUUCCUUUCCUGAUGAAGGCAAACUUGAAUUGGCAGACAACAAGUUCAGUUCAGAAGGUUGUCCACGCGUGUUGCCGAUAGGCCCUCUUUGUAGGAAUGGGAUAACAAAAGGUGUGAGCUUUUGGGAAGAAGAUUUGAGCUGCUUGACGUGGCUGGCAAAGCAGAGGAGGAACUCUGUUGUUUACAUCUCCUUCGGGAGCUGGGUGAGUCCAAUUGGGGAAGCAAAGCUGAAUAAUCUGGCAGUGGCGCUUGAGGCUUCAGGGAGGCCCUUCAUCUGGGUAUUGAGGUCGAGUUGGCGCGAAGGCUUGCCAAAUGGAUUUCUGGAAAGGGUGGUGAAGGAAGACAGAGGCAGAGUGGUUAGUUGGGCCCCCCAGAAACAGAUCUUGCAGCAGCAGUCUGUGGCUUGCUACAUCACACACUGUGGCUGGAAUUCCAUAUUGGAGGCUUUACAGUUCCAAAAGAAAUUGGUGUGUUACCCUGUGGCAGGGGACCAGUUUGUGAACUGUGCUUAUGUUGUUGAGGUUUGGAGGGUCGGUUUAAGACUGAAUGGAAUUGAAGCGAAGGAUGUUGAAGAAGGAAUUGUAAGGGUGAUACAUGACAAGGAGAUGGAUGGGCGUUUAAAGACUUUGAAUCAAAGAAUCAUGGCUGGUACCGGAGCCUUCAUCUUCAACACCUUCCUAGAAGAUCUCAAGAGGGCAUCUUCAAAGCCUUUCAGAAAAUGA